AUGACUGCGAAUGAGAGAAAGCAGAGUGUUCUAUCAGAAAAUUACCACAUUCAACUAUUUCUUCUUACGUCGCUACUCUCGCUUACAUUAGCCGAUCAAUUUCACGUUGUCUCUCCAGGACCAUGUCUUCAUGAGGGUGAUUCUUUCUGCACCAGGCGAGUAGCCAACAGCAUGUGCUCACGCGAAAAAAACGAAUGUUUCUGCAAACCGGGAUACGUUGCGAUUCAGGAAAUCUUUGGACUUACAUGCAAAACACGUAGGUGCGAUCCCCGAGUUAUGAUCUACUUGAACCCAAAUUGGACUGUUCUCAAGAAGUACACUCAUUUGCGAAUCAGUUUGGUUUUCACGAGAGACUCAACUGAAUCUCUCGCUUAUGAUAUUCCACGAUUGAAUGUGCUGCACACAUGUCGCCUCUUGGCACGAUAUUCGAGAUACUGCAGUAUAUUUUCACUAAGUAAACUACUCGCAAGGUUGGUGAAAACUCUUCGACAGCCCAUGAGUGCUUUUGCCCUCCUUGAGACUCACCAGGUAGGUACAGUUCCAGAGUUCCCGUUAAACUUAUGUUCGCUAAUAUUACUUUCCAACCUGAAAUGUCAAGUGGACAAUGACUGCGUGCAUGUGACCAACAGCGUAUGUCAUCCGGGAGCAGGCUACUGCGCGUGCCCAAGCGGGACAAUCUACGUACCUCAGCAACAUUCAUGCUGUGAGUUCACCGGCCCAUUUUUUCAGAGACUCACUUGGAACCCAGCUGAAUCUCUCGUUUAUGAUGUUUUCAGGCAACUGAAUGUGGUGCACCAGGCCGCCUCAUGUUUCAGUCGCUACGAUAUUCGGGAUAUCGCGAUACAUAUAUAUUUUCUAGAAACUACUCACAAGGUUACUGAUAACACUUCGACCGGUUUCGCUCUUCUCAGGGCUCCAUCAGGUAGCGCAGUCCCCGAGUGUCUAUUAACCUGA